GACGUGAUGGAGUCCCACCAACACAGACCUGUUCAGUACUGAAGUGCGCUGCGGAGCGACGCACGUUCAUACGGGAGAGCUCGACUACUUCCUGGUAUCAAGUUUAUCAGGAUAUCAGGAUCUGGUUUUCUCAUCAUGGAAAGGGUUAGGGACACAUCACACUCUGCUGGACCUGGACCUGGACCUGGACCUGGACCUGGACCUGGACCUGGAACUGAAUGUGGACCUGGAAGAAUCCAGCAGCAGAGACCAGACUCUCCUGAACCCAGCUGUCUGUCUUUAAAGAGCAACCACUCGAAGGAAUUUGUCAUUGAGUUUAAAGGACAACAUCCAUCAGCUGAUCAGAUAGUGGACCAGGACAGCUCAGAGGCUCCCAGUGGUCAGGCUGCCCAGCAGCAUCAAAAAACACUGGAGCCCAUAUUUAUGCUGCUGGAGGAGAACAUAGCCACUUUUGUGAAGAAUGAGCUGAAGAAGAUCCAAAAGCUUCUGAGUCUAGAUUACCCAGAAUGCUCAGAGAGUCAGAGGGAUAAUGAGGAAGUGUUGGACGGUGAGGAUGAAGAGCAGAGGAGCAGCAGAGAGGCAUUUCUGAAGAUCACACUGAACUUCCUGAGGAGAAUGAAGCAAGAGGGUCUGGCUGACUGUCUGCAGAGCAGAUCUCCUGCUCUGUGCCAGCUUAACCUUAAAUCUAACCUCAAGAAGAAGUUCCAGUGUGUGUUCGAGGGGAUAGCGAAAGCAGGAAACCCAACCCUUCUGAAUCAGAUCUACACAGAGCUCUUCAUCACAGAGGGAGGGACUGGAGAGGUCAAUGAUGAACAUGAGAUCAGACAGAUUGAAACAGCAUCCAGGAAACCAGACAGACCAGAAACAACCAUCAGAUGCCAAGAGAUUUUUAAAGCCUCACCUGGAAGAGAUGAACCUAUCAGAAGAGUGAUGACAAAGGGAGUGGCUGGCAUUGGGAAAACAGUCUUAACACAGAAGUUCACUCUGGACUGGGCUGAAGACAAAGGCAACCAAGACAUACAAUUCACAUUUCCAUUCACUUUCAGAGAACUGAAUGUGCUGAAAGAGAAAAAGUUGAGCUUGGUGGAACUUGUUCAUCACUUCUUUACUGAAACCAAAGAAGCAGGAAUCUGCAGGUUUGAACAUUUCCAGGUUGUGUUGAUCUUUGAUGGUCUGGAUGAGUGUCGACCUCCUCUGGACUUCCACAACACUGAGAUCCUGACUGAUGUCACAGAGCCCACCUCGGUGGACGUGCUGCUGACAAACCUCAUCAGGGGGAAACUGCUUCCCUCCGCUCGCCUCUGAAUAACCACACGACCCGCAGCAGCCAAUCAGAUCCCUCCUGAGUGUGUUGACAUGGUAACAGAGGUCAGAGGGUUCACUGACCCACAGAAGGAGGAGUACUUCAGGAAGAGAUUCAAAGAUGAGGAUCAGGCCAGCAGGAUCAUCUCCCACAUCAAGACAUCACGAAGCCUCCACAUCAUGUGCCACAUCCCAGUCUUCUGCUGGAUCACUGCUACAGUUCUGGAGGAUGUGUUGAAAACCAGAGAGGGAGGAGAGCUGCCCAAGACCCUGACUCAGUUGUACAUCCACUUCCUGGUGGUUCAACUAAAACUGAAGAAUGUCAAGUAUGAUGAACGAGCUGAGACAGAUCCACACUGGAGUCCAGAGAACAGGAAGAUGAUCGAGUCUCUGGGAAAACUGGCUUUUGAGCAGCUGCAGAAAGGAAACCUGAUCUUCUAUGAAUCAGACCUGACCGAUUGUGACAUCGAUAUCAGAGCAGCCUCAGUGUACUCAGGAGUGUUCACACAGAUCUUUAAAGAGGAGAGAGGGCUCUACCAGGACAAGGUGUUCUGCUUCGUCCAUCUGAGUGUUCAGGAGUUUCUUGCUGCUCUUCAUGUCCAUCUGACCUUCGUCAACUCUGGACUCAAUCUGCUGUCAGGAGAACAAUCGACCUCCCAGAAGUCUGAACCAAGACAAGACGAAUCUGCAGAGAAAAACUUCUACCAGAGUGCUGUGGACAAGGCCGUACAGAGUCCAAAUGGACACCUGGACUUGUUCCUCCGUUUCCUCCUGGGUCUUUUAUCGCAGAACAAUCAGACUCUCCUACAAGGUCCGCUGACACAGACAGAAAGUAGCUCACAGACCAAUCAGGAAACAGUCGAGUACAUCAAGAAGAAGAUUAAAGAGACUCCCUCUGUAGAGAAAAGUAUCAACCUGUUCCACUGUCUGAAUGAACUGAAUGAUUGUUCUCUAGUGGAGCAGAUCCAACAGUCCUUGAGUUCAGGAAGUCUUCCCACAGAUAAACUCUCUCCUGCUCAAUGGUCAGCUCUGGUCUUCAUCUUACUGUCAUCAGAAAAAGAUCUGGACGUGUUUGACCUGAAGAAAUACUCUGCUUCAGAGGAGGCUCUUCUGAAGCUGCUGCCAGUGGUCAAAGCCUCUAACAAAGCUCUACUGAGUGGCUGUAACCUCUCAGAGAGAGGUUGUAAAGCUCUGUCCUCAGUCCUCAGCUCCCAGUCCUCUAGUCUGAGAGACCUGGACCUGAGUAACAACAACUUGCAGGAUUCAGGAGUGAAGCUUUUGUCGUCUGGACUGGAGAGUCCACACUGUACACUGAAAACUCUCAGUCUGUCAGGAUGUCUGGUCACAGAGGAAGGCUGUGCUUCUCUGGCUUCCGCUCUGAGCUCCAACCCCUCCCAUCUAAGAGAGCUGGACCUGAGCUUCAAUCAUCCAGGAGACUCAGGAAAGAAGCUUCUGUCUGCUGAACUGGAGGAUCCAGACUGGAGACUAGAGACUCUCAGGGUGGAUCCUGGUGGAGUCCGAUGGUUGACACCAGGUCUGAGGAAGUAUUCCUGUGAACUCACACUCGACACAAACACAGUACACACAAAGAUCGAACUAUCCAGCAACAACAGGACAGUGACAUAUGUGGAGGAGGAUCAGUCGUAUCCUGAUCAUCCACACAGAUUUGACCACUGGCCUCAGCUGCUGUGUACAACUGGACUGGAUGGUCGCUGUUACUGGGAGGUCGAGUGGAGAGGAAGAGUUGACAUAUCAGUGAGUUACAGAGGAAUCAGAAGGAAAGGAGACAGUAAAGACGGGGAGUUUGGAUGGAACGAGCAGUCCUGGACUCUGUUCUGCUCUGAUGUUUUUGGGUACUCUGUCUGGCACAAUAACAGAGUGACACCUAUCCCCUCCUCCUCCUCUGUCCCUGACAGAGUAGCAGUGUAUGUGGACUAUCCUGCUGGCACUCUGUCCUUCUACAGAGUCUCUUCUGACUCACUGAUCCACCUCCACACCUUCAAAACCACCUUCACUGAACCUCUUUAUCCUGGGUUUGGGUUUAGGUUCUGGCCUAGUUCCUCAAUUUCUCUGUGUUGAUUGUAGCAGAGAGUCUCCUUCUGUUAGAGAAACUCUCUCACUGUUGAACAGAUCAGUCUGUCAGUUCAGUUUCUACAUGUCUGUCUCUUUUACACACACGUUUUCAGGUUCAUAUAUUAAAUCAGUUUAUUUUUUAAACUUAUUUUUUUUUAAAUGAUUCUUGUAAACUAAUUCGUCUUCCUUUAAAGAUGGAAGCUACGGUUAUUAAAGGAUAAACAUGUUGCUGACUUUUGUUGCUGUUUUUUUUUCCUCUCUAACCCUUAUUUUCUUAUGUUUUCACAAUAAAA